ACUCGCUCCAAGUUCCCUCCCUCGCGCUCCGCGAAGCCAGCCCAGCCCUCCCCCUCGGCGCGGAGCGAGCGACCGCGGCCGCCGCCAGCCGGGCGCUCCACGGCCUUGCGUCCCGGGCCCCGGGCUCGCGCGGCCGGCGCUCCGUCCGUGGCCCCGCGGGGCCGGCGCCCGGACUCGGCGGCCCCCGUGCGGCCCGCGCUCGGCCCCCGUUUCUGGCGGGCCCGAUCUUCCUCGCCGUCGUCCCCGGGAGCUCGGCGCCCGGCCGGGGCCGCAGCGUCCGGGGCCGGGGAGCGCGGCCGAGGAAUCCCCAGCUGGACAUCCAGAGCGCCUACUCUGUUCUUUCCGCGUCUUGAAUCAAGCGCUAACAGGACACUCUGAGGUCUGAGAGGGAAAUAAAAGCGGUGGAGGUGCCCGGCUGGGAACCGUAAGGAAGGCACCAGAGAGAAGGUGUCCGUCUUUGUUGGCGUGCAUCGGAGGCACUGGCCGCCGGCUCCGGAGCUCCGCGAAGAAGUUUCAGUUCAUGAUAUUACGUGCCGCGGAGAGUAGCUUAAGAUAGACAGGAUUCCCUGUGACUUCUGCCUGCCAUCUGUAAACUACUCGUUCCUCUUUCAAGUCGUGGAUGAAUGUUUUCCUAAAGCAUUUGGGAGGACACGAUCUCACAAGCUGACGCGUCAGACGCAAAUGUGAUGCUGCUGCUAGCCAGCUUUGGAAGAGUUAAAAGCAGUGCCUGCUUCAGCUGUUACUGAGAGGUCGGUAGUAAGAAGCAGAAGCGCUGCUCCGCGGAGAAGGAGACCCGCUCUGCCUGCAGUCGAACACAAAGACCUGGAGGAGACUCCCACAUCCAUCCUCCGGGGAGGAGAGAGGAGGCGGCCGAGCGGAUUAAAGGAACCUGUGGCUCGCGGCCUUGCGGCCGGGGGCGGGGCGCGCCGGGAGGCGGCUGGCGGGGAGCGCGCGGGGAGAUGGGGCGCCGCUGCCGCCGCCGGUGACCCCCGGGCUCCAGGCCCCGUCCGCGGCCCCGUGCGCUCCCCGUACAUGUGCCUGCUCGGCGCAUCGGGAGGCGCGCCGACGAGCAUCCAACACGGCGGCCGGGGAGCGCGCGCCCGCCAUGCCCACGGAGACCCUGCAGACGGGCAGCAUGGUGAAGCCGGUCAGCCCCGCGGGCACCUUCACCUCGGCCGUGCCGCUGCGCAUCCUCAACAAGGGGCCCGACUACUUCCGCAGGCAGGCCGAGCCCAACCCCAAGCGGCUCAGCGCCGUGGAGCGGCUGGAGGCGGACAAGGCCAAGUACGUCAAGAGCCAGGAGGUCAUCAACGCCAAGCAGGAGCCCGUGAAGCCGGCCGUGCUGGCCAAGCCGCCCGUGUGCCCCGCCGCCAAGCGCGCCCUGGGCAGCCCCACGCUGCGCGCGCUCGGCGGCCACGCCAAGACGGAGGCGGGCGUGCAGCGGGAGACCCUGAAGCUCGAGAUCCUGAAGAACAUCCUCAACAGCUCCGAGGGCUCCGGCGCGGGCGCGGCGCACAAGCUGGGCGCGCGGAACUGGCCGCCGCCGCGGCCCGACUCGGCCGACGCGCACCGGCGCUCGUUCGCCGAGUCCCUGAAGGUGUUCCCGACGCAGGGGCGCGGCGGCCCGCAGGAGGGCGCCCCGCUCGCGGGCCGGCGGCUGCUGGAGCCCUCGGCCGACGCCUUCCUGCACGUCUCGCACAGCUCGUCGGACGUCCGCAGAGCGGGCAGCGCGCGGCCGCCCAAGGCCAUCCCCUGCAGCAGCUCCGCGCCCCCCCUGCCCCCCAAGCCCCGGGGCGCGGCCCUGGCCGCCGCCGCCGGGUCCCCCGAGGCCGAGCCGCCCGAGCCGGCCUGCGGCGUCAGCCGGAGACCCUCGCUCCAGCGGUCCAAGUCGGACUUGAGCGACAGGUACUUCCGCGUGGACGCCGACGUCGAGCGGUUCUUCAACUACUGCGGACUGGACCCCGAAGAGCUGGAGAACCUGGGGAUGGAGAACUUUGCGAGGGCCAAUUCCGACAUCAUCUCGCUCAACUUCCGCAGCGCCAGCAUGAUCAGCUCAGACUGCGAACAGUCUCAGGACAGCAACAGUGACCUUAGGAAUGACGACAGUGCCAACGACCGGGUGCCCUACGGCAUCUCCGCCAUCGAAAGGAACGCCAGGAUCAUCAAGUGGUUGUACAGCAUCAAGCAAGCCAGGGAGUCGCAGAAGGUCUCCCACGUGUGAGGGCCAGCGUGCGGAGGGGGGUGGGGCUCUGUCCGUGCAUCCGCAGUCGUGAAGGUUGUGAGGUCUCCUUGCAGUGUUGUGAGCUUCUCCACUCUCUUUGUGUUGCCUGUUGUGCAAUGUUUCCAAGUUGCAUGCCUGUCAACAUGGGGACCGACCCGGCUUCCUCGUCGACCGCUCGUCACCCGCCAAGACUUUCAGGCCAGAAUCCAGCUAGGGCUCCCAUCUCCAGCAAAACUGUUUACACGAAACACGGUAUACGACUUCUUCGGUAUUUAUGUGGUUCUUGUGUUUUUAUACCCCGCGCUCUUGUGUCUUAAUUAAAGAUUUUAUCAACUGGCUUUUAUGUUGAGAGUAGAAUCUUUUCGAAAUAAAGAGCCAAUUUGCCUACCUGCGAGACCCAAACGGUGGGGAAGGAAGUGGGAUCUGCUACCAGACAGACAACAGUGACUGACCUGAGGUAGAGAACCAGGCUGGGCUUUCUGAGGAAGAAAGGUGGGGAGCCUGACGUUAAUCGUUUGCGUAUGGGAAUUCUCCUGCCACUUAUUAAAGCAAUGGGGCAACAGUGCUCCGUGUUGUGUCCGACUCGGUGUGUAAAUGUGGGUGCUUCUGUGUAAUACUGACCCCAAGGAAAGACAAUCAGCUACGAUGAAGGCGAUUAAAUCUAGGAGUUUGGGGUUUGGGGGGCUUGUUGAUGUUCUGAUUUGGGUUGGUUCCAGAAAUUUCUACGAUUAAUCUUUUGACGGGAAUGGCCAUCCUAAAGCUGGUACUAAAUGUCUUUAAAAAAAGAAAAAAGUUGUUUGGUUUUUUUUGAUCAAGAACUAACUCUAUGCCGAUUCUCUUCCCUCUCUCCGCCCCUUCCUGUGCUGUUGAUUUAUUUGGGAGACGGGGUUGGGGCUUGUGCAGGUCCGAGCUCCCGGAAGACAUGAACACAAAUGGAAAUACCAGCCAUACCAAUAUAGAGCCUCCCAUGCAAAAGUGAAUACGUUUCGUCACUGAACCAUAUCUGAGCAGUGCGAUUGUGCCGUCUUGCAUACGUUACUCUCUCAGGCUGUGGACCUUUGUUGCAGCUCUAGGAGACUGUAGAGACAUGGGGCCAUGUAGCUUUCCCACCCUUUGGUCUCCAGGGCUGCCUAUCUAUCACCUUGCUCCCCGUUUUCCCCCAUAACCUGUCCCGCGGGUGGUUAGUUAGCUGUGGACCAGCUGACGGUCGUGGUGUGGUAGCAGAGAGGUAAACGUGUAGUGGUCAGCUUCAUUCCUCUGUAGUCAUGCUCCUAAGCUCUCAGCAGCACCACCUUAGACUUUAUCGGCUAAUGGGAAACUUUUUAUGGUGUAAAUGCUGUAAGACUCUGUACAUACUUCGGUUGUUACGAAAUCUUUAAGGAAAAAAAAGUUACGCUAAUAAAUAGCUCUGGUGCAGGCACUAA